UAAAUUUAUUAAUUUUUAAAAUUAAUCAAAUUUAUGCCUUAGGGCAGUUUUAUAAAUCGGAGACAAAUAAAACCUAUUACAUUGAUUUUGAUCAAAAGUUUACCUGGUUUGAUGGACAAAUUUCUUGCACCAAAUUAAAUAUGACUUUAUUGGAAGUGAAUACGGAAAGUAAAUCUCUGGAAAUCACUAAGCUAAUCAAAAAUAUACCGAAUAAAAGUAAUGGUGGCUAUCUUUGGCUUGGUGGCAUACGAACUCAGAUUGAAAAUGAUGACUUUGUUUGGCUUUCAACGGGUGAAAGAUUUAAUUACACAAAUUGGUAUCCAAAUAAUCCAGAUUUUACGGGUGAUGAUGAGUAUUGUGUUGAAUUGGUCGAGAUUAGAAAUUGGCAAUGGAAUGAUUUAUACUGUAAACGAAAACGGGGUUUUGCAUGUGAAUAUAAACCAGCCACGGGUGAUAUUCAGCAAGAAUUACAAAAUUUAAAGGAAACACUUAAACAACAGGACUCUAAACGGGAAAAGCAACUAAAAUUGAUGGAUCUAUUAAAUCAAAUCAAAGAUAACGAACCGCAAAAACUUUUAAAGAUUUCACAAUUACAGAAUAACAUUAAAGAAAUAUUGCAAAAAGAUGAUGAAAAUAAUAAUUUGAAAAUGUAUAAGGAUAAUGAAAAUUUUGAAAAAUCUGGUUUACAAAAUAAUGGUAAAAAUAACAUUCAUGUUUAUUCGCCAUACUCUAUGUUUUUUAAUAAUUUUUAAUGAAAUAAUUUGUUUUUGUGUAUUAUAUUUAUAUUUGAA